UCACGUAUCGCCAGCGUUUAAGAAAGUUUACCUAUUGAUACAUAUGUCAAUACUCAGGCUGUGACCCGAAUUUUAGUUGUUGACUCUUAUUCAACACGGCGUUGGUUUUUUUCCAUUAUAUAUCAUUAUUUUUGCUUCCUCCUAUCUAGACCUCCAGUCGAUCAACACGACCAAUGGAUACUUGGUCUUCAAAGAAGUCCACUUCGCCCCAUUAUGAUUAUGAUAUUGUGAUUAUUGGGGCUGGUCCUGUAGGGCUCAUGCUUUCGACGUGUCUCGCGAGAUGGGGUUAUAAAAUCAAACAUAUUGAUAAUCGAGCCGAGCCUACACCUACGGGGCGCGCAGAUGGCAUCCAGCCUCGGUCCCUAGACCUCCUUCGCAAUAUGGGCCUAAAAGCUGCCAUCAUGGCUCAUAAGCCCGCGCGCGUUUUUGAAGUAGCCUUUUGGGAUCCACCCAAAAGCGGCAAAGGCAUCGUUAGAACAGGUACUUGGGCCAGCUGUCCCAGUUUCAUUGAUGCGAGAUAUCCCUUCACCACACUGUUACAUCAGGGCCGAAUAGAACGUGUAUUCAUCUCAGAUCUGGAAAAGAACGGCGUCCAGAUCCAACGGCCAUGGACUAUUAAGGGGUUUAAGUCGGAUGACAAAGUAGAUCCGGAGUAUCCCGUCGAAGUACAUCUGGAACACGUCGACGGACAUCAUCGGGAAUCGGUUCGAGCUAAAUAUUUGUUCAGCGGUGAAGGUGCUAGGUCAUUUGUUAGAGACCAGUUGGGAAUCAAGAUCACACAUAAGGACCCCAUUACACAUGUGUGGGGUGUUAUGGAUGGCGUUGUCAAGACCGAUUUCCCAGACAUCAAGAUGAAAUGUACCAUACACUCCGGACAUGGCUCGAUAAUGGUCAUUCCUCGCGAGGAUAACAUGGUCCGGCUAUACAUACAGAUCGCAUCGUCUACGGAUGUAGACUGGAGUCCGCGUAGGACAGCUACUGCGGAACAAGUUCAGGCCUCCGCGAAGAAGAUUCUUCAUCCAUACCUCAUCGAAUGGGAACGUGUGGAAUGGUAUUCGGUAUAUCCUAUCGGACAAGGCAUCUCAGAUAAAUACACAAUUGACCACCGUGUGUUCCUGGGUGGCGAUGCUUGUCAUACUCAUAGUCCAAAAGCCGGCCAAGGAAUGAAUACAGCUUUUCUCGAUGCCCUAAAUCUCGCCUGGAAAAUCCACGCCGUCGAAGCCGGAUUCGCUGACCGAGCCAUCUUAGCAACCUACGAAACUGAGCGCAAGGAUGUCGCAGAAACCCUGCUCUCAUUUGACAACAAAUAUGCCAAACUAUUCUCGCAACGGCCGCCUGCUGCAAAAGAGGUACAGGCGGCCUCAGAGCAGAUAAGUGCACAGGCCGAAGAUAAUGCCUUCGUUAGGACCUUCAAGGAGUCUUGCGAAUUUACCAGUGGAUAUGGGGUGGCCUACAAACCCAAUGCGCUAAACUGGUCUCCGGCUCACACAGCCAAGUCCCCUUUAAUCAAUCCUCGAGGAAGCAAACUACGAACGGGUCGAAUUAUGAUCAAUGCUGAUGUCACGAGGGUUGUCGACGCAAAUGUUGUACAUCUAGAACAAGAAGUUCCCCUCAACGGUGCGUUCCGUAUCUAUAUCUUCGCCGGAGAGCCUGCGGUAACUUCCAAGGCACUGGAGGAUUUUGCCCUUCGUCUCAGUAAUAAGGGGUCAUUUUAUAGCUCCUAUCUUCGACCGGACAUCGAAUCAGUCUCGCACCACGAGAAGCACAACCCUCACAGCCUCUUCUUUACUAUAUGUACCGUUUUUGCUGCCCAGCGGAGUCAGAUCGAGAUCACACGGGAUGUACCGAGCCUCCUUGCUCGUUACCGCGACCACAUAUAUGCUGAUGACAGAUGGGACCGCCGCGUACCCGAUGCAAAAGCCGCCGCCCACUCCAAAAUGGGAUUCGAUGAGGAAAGGGGUGGGGUUGUCGUCGUUCGGCCCGAUGGUUACGUGGGUAUCGUAACGAGUUUAGUUGAAGGCUCCGGGACCGUGGACGCAUUAAACGAGUAUUUUGGUGCUUUUUGCACAAAUAAAUUGGGCGAGAAGAUGGCCCAACUAUAAAACAUAAAACACCAUCCAACCUCUCUAGCAGAGGUCUCGGCAUUUUGAUAUAAGCCUAUAAGUAUAAGUAUUAAGAUAGUUCUUUAUUACCUUAUUACCUACCUGUUAUAUAUUAAUAGACAUACAUUAGGUACCUAAUACACUUAUACUACUCUGAUAUACAGAAAUACCAC